AUGACGGCACCAAUAGCACCAGCGCAGGGAUCCAACGUCAGAGACAGCCCAGGAGUGGAAACCAGCCCAAGGGGCUGGCAUACAAUCUUCUUGCCACCAGUGCCAAAGAAAGUCAGGCCCUUGCUGCCUCGGCCCUGCCUAUACCUGCUCCUACCACCCCAGAGGACAGACACUUGCCUGGCUGCUGCAUUCUUCUUCCCCUGCUGGGUGGCAGGUGGGGGCCACACCACCACCACUACCCUGGCUAAAGGCAGAAUCUGCCUAGGUUUCCAGAGCAGCUACCCUGAGGGCUUGCUCCUCCCCCCACCCCCCACCCCUCCGCGGCGCAGGCGUCUGCGGCGGGUGGAUAAGCACACGGGCCAGGGGGGCGCAGCUGGCCAGUUCAGAGCUCCGUCCAAAUCUCCCAUCAUCACCACCACACCCACGUUAUUAAUGGGGUGGGGGAACCGCACAGAACCUGCCGAGUGGCAUCUCCUUUGGCUGCACCUGCGAGUCCCAAGCUAUGCUCCGGCCUUCCCUUACAGCACUGCCCCCCCCCGUGCCUCCGAAGAGCUAGAAGGAGCAAGCUCCCACAUCUUGAGCAGGCUGCGCCGUCCCUCGCCCCCUCAACCACCUGUCUCUGCUUCCCUCCCCCGAAGCCUUCCCAAGUCGCCGCACCCCUGCGUACACCAUGCUCGCCGCCUACCGGGAGUUGCAGGGCGCCGUUCAGUCUUCCGACAUAGACCCGUAGAAAAUUGGAGAACCAUGGACCCUCUCUCCAGAAAAAUGCGCAUCCACACAGAAGCAGAGUUUUGCAUGGUAUUUCAGGGCAUUUUGAAACGUCUCAAGUGUCAUGACCGUCAGCUUCAGACCUCUACAGGUGCCUGCGGGAGUGAGAUAUGAGCGACCCAAUCCACGAGAGCCAAAGAAACGAUUCCGACCAAGUUUAGCUUAGUGAACCGGUGGAUUUAUUGGUGGUGACUUUUAGAAGCAUGGAUGACUGAAAGUAACUCCAUCAGUGAAAAGCCCAUGCCCACUGUGAGUGACAACUUAUAAAAUCUGCUCUUGUGAAACUUCCUGACCUACUAUAGACAGCUCAGAGUAUCUUCUCUCCCCAGCUAUUCAUGCUGCUUAUAUAAAUAACCUUAAGGUGGGACCUUGUGACUUGUAAAUUUCGGUAGCUUCUUGGGAAUCCUCAGUCUUGAACCUUGUACAUUUAAUUUGCCUCCCAACUCUUAAGAAGACUCCCUCUGGGAGAGUAUGUUGUAGUAAGGAAAUAAAUCUAUAACACACCAUA